AUGAUUGAACAUUAUAUAUAAACCUCUCAAGAAUAAUUUUCUUUAAAAUCAAAAAAGUAAGUAAUAAAAACCUUAAAAUCAAGAAGACUAAAAAGGAAAAGAGAGAACCUUUUUCAUAUUAUUCUAAUAUAGAGUCCUAGAAUAGGAAAUGUAGAUAUUAUUCAUUAAUUUUAAGAAAUGAAUAGUAUAAGAGGAAAUUGUAUAUAAUUAUUAAUAUUAUUUUAGAAUAUAAGUCAUUAUCAUCUAAUAAUAGUCAUUUUGGUACUUUAUCAAUGGAAAAUGAAGUAAUAAUAUAUAAAUGGGAUGAUUAAACACUUUAAUAAAUUGGAUCAUCUGUAUAUAUAGAUAGUUCAUAUAAUUGUUUUAAUAUUCAUUUAUCUGCAUUUUUGAUAUUUUGGUUGAUUGCUAUUAAGAUGAGUAAUUUAAUUUAUUUAUUGUGUAAGAUUAAUAAUAUCAUAGUAAAUAUUCAUGGUAAUCAUCUCUGCCUAUUAAAACUAAAUUCUUAUCUAUAGUAAGUGAUAAUAAUACUUAUAUUAUUUAUGCUUAGUAUUAUUACAAUUACUCUAUGCUCUCAUUAUUUUCACAUUAGUAUGCAAAUUUAACUUAAUGGAAUAAUAACUUUGUAGAUUUUGAUAUACCUAUUAGAAUAAAUCCUUACAUUUACAUACUCACUUAACAACAGAUCCUAUAAUGUACUAUUUCUUCAAAUUACACUUUUUAACUCUAAUAUUAUUUCACAUCACCUAAUAUCUCUAAUUUUAUUUCCAUCAAUCUUUAUUACAACUUUCAGACUUAUUCUUAAUAUACAUAGUAUUUAAUACAACAAAAAGCAUAGACAAAGUUGA